AUGUCACAACAUCAAGAUACAUCUGCUUCUAAAAAUACUAAGUCUACUCAAAAGGUUAGUGCUCCUCCCAUGGGCAUCCCUGAUGAUGAGAUUCUGGAUGUUGCUCCAUUCUCUGUUAUUCCCGAUGCGGACAUUGAUUUGAACCAACCCAUCUCCAUUGAUGCCUCCGCUGCUGCAUGCUCCAAUCAAGGUAACACCUCUAGUAUCCCUUCUGGUUCAACUCCUGCCGCUCACUCUAGGGAAGAUAAACACUACGCUGAUCGUGUUAUAAGAGACCUAGUCACUAGAAUUCUUAAUGAAGGUCACUCUGUGAAGGGAGUUCCUACUCCCCUGUCUAAAAUGUGCCCCUCUCCUGAGGUUGAACAUCAUAGUGGUAAGGAUGACAAUUCCUCCAGUUCUGAGAAGGACUUGGUUGCUGAAGGGUUGUGCUCUCUAGGGAAAACCGUGUCUGGAAAAGGAAAAUCUGUGGCAUCUAAAACUACCAAUGCUUCCCACUCUGAGAAGCAUGAUGAUGCAAAUGUUGUGAUUGAUCUAGAGGAUGGUAGCUAUGAUGAUCAAGAGGAAAGCUUACUUCAUCACAUAAAGCCAAGUGUGGCUAAACGAAUGAAGACUCGCAAAGGAAAAUUUAUGGUUGAACUUAUGUCAGCUAGAAAAGCUAAGAAGACUGCUGGUAUUGGUCCCUCCAAAUCUUGGAGCAAGGUAGAAGUAAAGAAGAGGAAGGUCAGAGAUGAUUCUAAGUCUGAAGAGGAUGUUGAGGAAGAUGUCCCUGACAUCUCGCAUGUGAAGAAAACCACUGUUAGGAAGUCUCCUGUUAAAGUUCUUGCUGUACAUUUGGAUAACAUCUCUUUCCAUCUUGAGGAUGGAGCUGCCAAGUGGAAAUUUAUGAUUCAGAGAAGGGUGGAUGUGGAAAGGGAGUUGGGAAAAGAUGUUGCUGAUGUCAAGGAGGUCAUGGACCUGAUAAAGUCUGCUGGGGUGUUGAAGACUAUGGCUGGGUUCUCUCAAUGCUAUGAGGGUUUAGUUAAGAAAUUUAUUGUCAACAUUCCUGAGGAUAUUGCUGAUAAAAACAGCAAGGAGUUCUGCAAGGUGUUUGUGAGGGGUAAGCGUAUAUCAUUCUCUCCUACUGUUAUUAAUAAUUUUUUAGGCAGAAAAAUUGAGGAUGCAGGUGAAUUAAAAGUUACAGACAAUGAGGUCUGUAGAGAGAUUACAGCUAGGCAGGUGAAAGGUUGGCCUGUUAAAAAGCACCUUCCUGCUGGGAAGUUGACUGUCAAGUAUGCAAUCCUGCAUAAAAUAGGAGCUGCCAGCUGGGUCCCUACCAACCAUAUUUCCACCAUUGCUAAUACCCUUGGGAGUCAUGUCGAGGAUAUUGUCAUGACAUCUGCCAUGAAAAGGCCAGCCUCAAAAGUUGGAACAAUUGCUGAGCUUAAGGAGACAUGCAAAGAGCUAGGUGAAGGAAUACGGGUAGCCACAACUAGAAAACAAUCGUUGGAAGCCUUAAUUGCAAGCUUGGAGCAGGCUGAAGGUGAAAAUAUUAAACAUGCUAAUAUCAGCCAUGAAGAAGAAGCUGAAGCCCACACCUCUAGUGAGAGGUCUGCUAACAAUGAUGAGACAAGUGGAAAUUCUAUUUCUGGUGCUGAUGAAGAUGCAAGCUCAAGCUCUACUGAGUAG